GGCUCUCUGCUCUCUGCGGGGUUGAGUAAGUCUCGCUAUAGACAUGGUAUAGACUGUAGAGUUGCAGUUAGUUGCUAUCCGACCGUUGUUCUGGCUGGAUUAUUCGUCGUAUUCAAGUCUUAUGUUUACACGAGUGUUAAUUGCAGUUUUGUGUUGUACAAGUGUGAUAUAGUGAAUAUAACAUCAAAACCACGUUUUAGUUUUCAUUAAUUAAAAAAAUAUUUGCAACCAAUUUUUUUCUUUUCCUAGUGAUAGUGUGUGAUUCUAAUUUUAUUUAAAAAAAAUUUUUUUUUUUUUUGGUGUUUGUGAGUAAAUAAAAUGUGAGUGUGGAUCAAAAGUGAUAUGUGAAAAAUCAUAAAGGAUACGUGAUAAAUAUAUAUAUAUAUAUAUUUUAGUUGUAAAAAUUUUUUUUUCAAAAACAAAGUUCCUCAUUGGUUGAUGUGCAGCGGAAGCUUUUACUUUUUUAACAAGGAUGUAUCCGAGUGCCCAGGCCGUGGCCGUCGCAUCUGCCGCUCGACACCCGACUGAAAUUUUUGAUGGCACCUUUCCCAGCUACGCCACUGGAAAGGGUCGAUAUUUCAUCAAAGACCAGCGAAUAAAAGUUCCACCACAACCUGGACAGCCAUUCAAAUUUACUGUGAUCGAAGGAUGUGACAGGAUUAAGGACGAGUUCAAUUUUUUACAAGCUCAGUACCAUAACCUUAAAAUCGAAUACGAUAAGCAGAAUAACGAGAAGGAGAAUCUGCAGCGGCAUUGCAUCAUGUAUUACGAAAUGGCUUACACGUCAAAUAUGGAACUACACAAACAGGCAGAAAUAGCGAAAAGGCUGAAUGCUGUAAUCGCUCAAAUUUUACCGUUUCUCUCACAAGAACAUCAACAGCAGGUGGCCAAUACGGUUGAAAGAGCGAGGCAAGUUAAUAUGACAGAAUCUGGCUCCGUCGUUGUGCCACCAAGACUCGACUUACCGCGAAUGAUACAGCAGAUGCACGCCCAACAAUUACCGCCUGGUGCCUCAAUGGGUCCUCAUCCAGGACUUCCGUCACUUCCAGGCAUUCCUCCUGGUAUCACGAUGCCAACAUCCGCUUCGGCUCAACUUUUGGGUCUUGGUUUAAAUCCAGGAACACCGGGAACACCUGGUAGCCAUCCCUUGUCAAUGUUGGGCAAAUCUGAUUUUCACCGACAACCUGAUGAUCUCAAAAGUAACGGAGGACUCAGUUCCAACGAGGAGAGACAUAGAAGUUCUAUAUCACCGGGUGAUAAAUACAGUAGGUCACGGACACCGCAAGAACAUCAUUCUCAUCAUACACAAAAUCAUCAUGAUCAUUCUAUGCAUGCAAUAAAGAAGAUGAAAAAAGAAGAGAAGGACGCUGGUCACAGUGAUGGAGAAAAGAGCGAUCAAGAUUUAGUGGUUGAUGAUGCGAGUGAAGGACCAACGAGUCCAGCGGUAAAUGGUACAUCAUCACCUCGUGAGAAUGGCAUUGACAAGGUGGGUGUUCCGCCUCUGGGCUCGAGUAUUCAAUCGAAGAAAGAUGCACCGCCACAUUCACCAAGAAGCGGAACCAGUAGUAAUGCAAGUACGCCAUCGGCAAAAAAAAUGGAGGAACGAGGUGAGAAGCCAACGACACCAAUUUCAAAACCAAUGACUCCAACGUCAGCGAGCAGUGGUAGUUUGAAAGCAUCAACAGUUUCAAGUAAAAAUCAUCAGGGACCACCGCCUCCAGGUGCAAUUCCUGGUGUAUAUCCACACUAUCCACCUGGACCACCGCCUCAUCAUCUUCCACCGAGUGGUCAACAUCCACAUAUGGAUAUGCUUGGUUACAAUGGCUAUGGACCACCUAGAGGACCAUCAUUACCACAAUCACUUUAUGAUCCACAUGGAGCAAUGAGAGUGCCACCUGUACCUUUGGGACCUGUGCCUGGUGGAAAACCAGCUUACAGUUUCCAUGUGCCGAGUGAAGGGACGAUGGUACCAGUCCCCUUCCCUCAGGAUGCAUUAAGCGCAGCCGGAAUCCCCAGACACGCUCGUCAAAUCAACACCCUCACUCAUGGUGAAGUCGUCUGUGCAGUAACGAUCUCAAACCCAACUAAAUACGUCUACACUGGGGGCAAGGGUUGCGUCAAAGUUUGGGACAUUGGUCAAAGUGGCUCUGGCAGUCCUAAGCCUGUUUCACAGUUGGAUUGUUUACAACGAGAUAACUACAUUAGAUCGGUGAAACUUCUACCCGAUGGUAGAACUCUGAUCGUUGGUGGUGAGGCAAGUCAGCUGAGCAUAUGGGAUUUGGCGAGUCCCACACCAAGAAUCAAGGCCGAAUUAACAUCAUCAGCACCGGCAUGUUACGCUUUGGCAAUCUCACCAGACUCAAAGGUCUGCUUCAGUUGUUGUAGCGAUGGUAAUAUUGCCGUUUGGGAUCUUCAGAAUCAGACUCUCGUCAGACAAUUUCAAGGACAUACGGAUGGUGCAUCGUGUAUCGAUAUUUCCCCUGAUGGUUCUAAAUUAUGGACUGGCGGUUUAGAUAAUACCGUUAGAUCAUGGGACUUGAGGGAGGGUAGACAGUUGCAGCAACAUGACUUUACAUCGCAAAUAUUUUCACUUGGUUAUUGUCCAACUGGUGAAUGGUUAGCUGUUGGUAUGGAAAAUUCAAACGUCGAGGUUCUUCAUGCUACAAAACCUGACAAAUAUCAACUACACCUGCACGACUCAUGCGUGUUGUCCUUACGCUUUGCCUCAUGUGGCAAAUGGUUUGUCUCCACCGGAAAAGACAACCUACUCAAUGCUUGGCGCACUCCAUAUGGAGCCUCCAUAUUCCAGUCAAAGGAAUCGUCGUCAGUGUUGAGCUGUGAUAUUUCAGCAGACGAUAAGUACAUUGUUACCGGAUCUGGAGAUAAGAAAGCGACAGUGUAUGAAGUCAUGUAUUAAUAGAAAUAUUUUUUAUUUUAUUUUAUUUGUGUAUUUGAGAGCUAAAAAAUUUUUUAAUGUAAAUAUAUAUAUAUAGAUAUAUAUUAUAAACAGAUAAAGUUAAUAAUGUUAUUUAAUACAGCAAGCCUCUGGCUUAUUAUUCACUUGCGAAAAUAUUUGCUCUCUCUAUAUUUAUAUAUAUAUAUAUAUAUGUUGCAGUGCAAAUAAAUUUUAAAGAAGACUGUCCCAUUUUUAAACAUAUAUGCAUUUUUAGUUAAUUUUUCAUAAAACUUGAGAAAGUUUAUAGCAUUUAUUUUAUAUAUUUCUUUUUUCACUAGUGAAUAAUUUUCACGAGACUUCUGUAUUUUUUUUAUUUUUUUUUAGUUUUUACGAAUUAUACCGAAAAAAUAAUCUUUUAAAGAUUUAAAGUAAAAAUCAUUUGCUUCAAAAUGAGAGGAUUCAUUUUAAAUGAAGAAUAUUUUUUAUCGGUAUAAUUAUUGAUAUUGCCUUGUUGUUGUUGUUCCGACACAAGAAAGGAUUCGUGAGAUUGUGGAAUAUUGAAAAAAAAAAAAUAAUAAUAAUGUGUUCAGUACUGCAUAAUAUUUAACGUUUGUUGACGAAAUAAUCAUUUCGUCCUGUUCACAUUUGGCGAGAGAUGUUUUUUCAUAUGUGAUUAUGUUAUUUUUACAUAUAUCUGUUCUAAACGAUAUUUUAAAAAAAGAAGAUAUUGCGAUAUGUUUAAUAAUUAAAAAAAUUAAAUUUUCUAAGGAAAAUAAUUUAAUUUUUCUAUAUUUAAUAAUGAUUAUUAAUUAUUGGUUUUUUUUUUUAAAUUGUUGCCACAUUUUGUGUUGUCAACUCGUUUCUACGUGUAAUUUUACUAAUUUCAAAUAAUAAUUAAUAUGUAUUGUAUUGUAUGUAUAUUGUAUACAUAAGAAUAUUAGAAGCACAUUUAUAAGUUAAUGUAUUUUAUAUUGUGUACAUUGUGUAUAUAGUUAAAAGUCGUUAGAAACUUAUAUUCAUAUUUUUCUAUGUCUUAUCGUACAUACAGGAAGAGGGAGAGUUGAGUAGAAAAAAAAGACUGUAGGUAUAUUGUGAAUGUGAGAGAUAAACGAGAAUAUGUGUUUAAAAAAAAGAAAUGAAAGAAUCAGAAUGAAAGAGAAAAAAAAAGAGAGAGAGUGAGAAUAUGAAAG